GCAUCUUUCAUCCGAGAGCAAUCAGUGAGGCAGUACGUGAGAUAACUUACUGCACAUGCGCACAGUGUUUGAAUGUGAUUGGAUGAUAACUCAACACAGGUGUUUGGGAUAUCACAUACUAUUUAAAAGGGAUAGAAUGGUUUUUUUUUUUUAGUUGUACGGUUUGUUUGGUGUCUGAAGAAAUUUGGCACUUGAUGUGACGUGCAUCACAGUUUUGCUAAAAUGGCUCUUGUUUGGAGGACUAUAGUGAUAUUUGUGUUUUUGUACUUUGUAGGUGAGUUGGUAACCUUUUUUUUUUUUUUGUAACUGAUUACAAGUGUAAAGUACCGUCAUGCUCAGCUCUUGUCACUUGGGCUAUAUCAGUUAGUGGAAAUUUGAGUUAAAGUCCAAGUAGCACAAAAAUGGUUAACACUGUUCAUUGGCUAUAUUUCACUUGUAAUUUGGUGUCCACCAAGAUUUAAGAUUUGCUGCCUCUUUAUGAAUCUAAUAACUUUGUGCUGUCACAUGAAACUUGACGUCUAUUUUGUCCACCCAGAGUGUCACAAACUUAAGUGUAAAGAACCAGAUGAUUAUCCAGAAGUGCAGCUGGGUGAUAGCCAUCAUUCCAAAUCAGUGUUUGAUAAUGGGCAGCAUGUGGAAUAUAAGUGUGCUCCAGGUUAUGUGCAAGUGGGCGGCAGUCGAAAGUCGCACUGUAAGGAAGGACAUUGGACUCCCUUGAAGAUGAAAUGCCGAAAAAUUAAGUGCAAGCCAUUGAGUGCCAUUCACCGUGGACGAUGCAUGCCAGAGGGAGACUCGUAUGGUGAUAAAGCUAUUGUUGAGUGUGAUGAAGGAUAUGUUUUGAGAGGUAACCGUGUCCGUGUGUGUGAGGAGACUGGCUGGAGUGGGUCGAGUCCAACAUGUGAAGCGGUGAAGUGUCCAGACAUUGUCAUCACAAAUGGUCAGGUAACCUCCCAAGCGGUUGAGUUUAACACCGUUGUUCAGAUCACCUGCUCUCCUGGAUUUAAGCUGAAUGGAGCACAGACCAUCCGCUGUGGAGCAGAUGGUUCCUGGAUACCAAGUGUUCCCACCUGUGAGCCAGUGAAGUGUCCACCUGUUUUCAUCGCCAGUGGUCAGGUAUCCUCGCCAGCAAUUGCAUUUAAUGCCCUUGUUCAGAUCACCUGCUCUCCUGGAUUUAAGCUGAAUGGAGCACAGACCAUCCGCUGUGGAGCAGAUGGUUCCUGGAUACCAAGUGUUCCCACCUGUGAGCCAGUGAAAUGUCCACCCAUCAUCGUCGCCAAUGGUCAGGUAGGCUCCCCAGCAGUUGCCUUUAAUGCCCUUGUUCGGAUCACCUGCUCCCCUGGAUUCAAGCUGAAUGGAGCACAGACCAUCCGCUGUGGAGCAGAUGGUUCCUGGACUCCAAAUGUUCCCAACUGUGAGCCAGUGAAAUGUCCAGACAUUGCUGUUGCCAAUGGUCAGGUAUCCUCGCCAGCAAUUGUGUAUAACGCCCUUGUUCAGAUCACCUGCUCUCCUGGAUUCAAGCUGAAUGGAGCACAGACCAUCCGCUGUGGAGCAGAUGGUUCCUGGAUACCAAGUGUUCCCACCUGUGAGCCAGUGUCUCAGGAUCCUCAGAAUCUCCAGUAUCCAGCAAUGUCUUGUUCAGCACCUGUGGUGAAAAAUGGAGUGAUUAAAGGUGGAGUGAAGCCAUUGUACGAACCCAAUGACGCUGUGAUCAUUGUCUGCAAGGCUGGCUGUUAUAUGGUUGGCGUAUCUGAGGCCAAAUGUGGACCAGAUGGCCAAUGGCAGGGCUUGCCCCGCUGUCUUGUCUCAAAACUUGCUUAAUGUGUAUGGCUUUAUUUUGACCACCUUUUGGUGCAUAACUGUUGCCAUUUGUUUAAUUACUGCUGGAAUAAUGGGUGUUAUGUAA